AUGUUGGAGGUGCUGCUUAGGGUGGCCCAACCCGGCAAGGAUCGGCAUCGGCGGCGAACGCUGGCUCCUCCGAAGUUCUUUUGGCGAGAGAUCAAAGAUCCAAGCAGUCACUCGUCCGCCACUCCCUUCUCUCGACCACGACCAUCUAACCGCUCCUUCUACCAAUACUUUAAUCGCGGCGGCUUGUACCAGAGCAUGAGCGCAGCUUCCCUCCGCGCCCUCUCACAGCGAGCAGGAGGCGGUCUCGUGCGCAGCAACCCUUCCCAUCUUCCCUCCUUCUCAUAUGGCCGGACAGCGGCAUACCGACGGAUAGCAGCACCAUCACGCCAAUACAGUGAAGCUGCAUUACGAUCACGACAAGAUGCGACCAAUCCACGAGCCUCGCCACACCUCCUACCACUCCGCUCACAUUUCCUCCCACCCUCCAUAUCCUCAUCGGUAGCUUCGGAGCUGAGAGAACAGCGGGCGCGAGAGAACGCAGGGCAAGCGCCGCCAAGACCACAGCAGCAUCAGCAGCAGGAGCAGCCAAAGGCAGAACCGGAGCCGGCAGCCAAAGCAGAACCUACAGCGAAGCAUCAACCCGACCCGGAAGUAGCUGACGAGGCAGAGGCGGCGUUUGCGCAGGCUAAGAAACAGCAGGACAAGCAAUGGGCCAAGUUUCAAGCGCAGCAGGAGAAGGAGGCCAAAGAGCAGGCUGAGCGCGAAGCUAGGGGUGAGGGUGAAGCCGAGGGAGAGGGUGAGGCCAAGGAGGGCGAGCAGAAGAGUAAGAAGAAGGAUGAGCCCGCUGAACCACCUCACGGCGGCAAGACGCCCUGGCAGGUCUUCACCGAGACUCUGUCUUCGGAGUUCAAAGCGAGCAAGGAGUGGAACGACAGCACCAAGCAGCUGAGCGGACAGAUCAACGACUUCACGCAGAACCCCAACGUGCAGAAAGCGAGAUCCGCCUACAGCAAAGCUGCAGAUGUCGCCAGUACCACCACUGGCAAAGUCGUUCUCGGGUCUGCUGGUGCAAUUGGCAAAGGCGCGGCCUGGACAUGGGACACCACCGUCGUGCGCGGCCUUCGCAAGGGUGCCACCGCCAUUGGGUCAGGCGUCGAACAAGCUACCCGGCCCCUACGAGAAACAGAAGCCUACAAGAACGUCAAAGACGUGGUAGAUGACGGCUCAUCACAACGCUACGGAGGCUGGACGGAGAAGGAAGAGCGACGCCGCCAACGCGAAGCCCGCGAAGCCCGCUCCGGUCGCCGGCCCGUCGAAGUCCACGAAGAAGACCCCGAAGCCGGCACAAACGUCACCCUCCACAAAGACUCCGCCUGGCACGCCGGCUGGCGCGACUUCCGCGACAACUCGCCCGUCAUGCAGCGCCUCUUCAGCGUCGGCGCCACCUACCGCGAGUCGGAGAACCCUCUGAUCAGCACCGCGCGCAGCGUCAGCGACCGCAUCGCCGGCUUCUUCGCCGAGAACGAGACGGCGAUGGUGAUUAAGAAGUUCCGCGAGAUGGACCCGAGUUUCCAGCUCGAGCCCUUCUUGACCGAAAUGCGCACGUACAUUUUGCCGGAAGUCCUCGAAGCGUACGUCAAAGGCGACGUCGAGACGCUCAAACUCUGGCUCUCCGCCGCGCAAUUCCAAGUCUACUCCGCGCUCAUGCAUCAAUACACCACCGCUGGCCUACAAUCCGACGGCAAGAUCCUCGACAUCCGCGGCGUGGACAUUUUAUCCGCGCGGAUCCUCGAGCCCGGGGAGAUUCCGGUUUUCGUCCUGAUGGCCCGCACGCAGGAGGUGCAUGUGUAUCGGAAGAAGAAGGGCGGGGAACUGGCCGCCGGGAUGGAGGAUAAGGUGCAGCAGGUCACGUAUGCGAUUGGGGUCACGCGCGUGCCGGAGGAGGUGGCGAAUCCCGAGACGAGGGGGUGGAGGUUGAUUGAGUUGCAGAAGAGCGGGAGGGAUUAUAUCUGA